AUGCCGUCAAAGAAAAUCAUCAAGAAGAAAGUCGCCCCGACGCCCGCCGCCAUGCGUGGCAAGGGUGAGGCCAAGGGUGCCCCCAAGAACCCACUCUUCGAGCCGAGGCCCAAGAACUUCCGCAUCGGCCAGGAUUUGCAGCCCAAGCGUGACCUUACCCGUUUCGUCAAGUGGCCCAAGUACAUCCGUCUGCAGCGUCAACGCACCGUCCUCCAGAAGCGCCUGAAGGUCCCGCCGACCCUCAACCAGUUCCGCACCGCCCUCGACAAGCAGACGGCCACCCAGGCCUUCAAGCUGCUGGCCAAGUACAGGCCCGAGUCGGCUGAGCAGAAGAAGGAGCGUCUCCGCAAGCGGGCUGUUGCUCGUGCUGAGGGCAAGAAGGAGGAGGUCACUCCCCGCAAGAAGUCCGUCUACCACGGCAUCAACAAGGUCACCAAGCUCGUUGAGCAGCGCAAGGCCAGCCUUGUCCUCAUCGCCCACGACGUUGAGCCCAUCGAGAUUGCCCUCUUCUUGCCCGCCCUCUGCAGGAAAUUCAAGGUCCCGUACGCCAUCGUCAAGGGAAAGGCCGCCCUUGGACGCCUCGUCCGCAGGAAGACCACCUCCUCUGUUGCCAUCGUUGACGUCAACCCCGAAGACAAGGCCAACCUUACCAAGAUUGCCGAAACCGUCGAGACGAACUUCAAUGAGCGCGCCGAGGAGAUCCGUCGCCACUGGGGAGGCCAUGUGAUGUCUGACCGGUCAAACGCUAAAGCAGCUAAGUUGGAACGCGCCAAGAACAAGGACCUCGCUGCCAAGGCU